GUGGGCACGGGCAGUCGAGAUCGGCCAGCCCGAGCGUGUGCGUCAUCGUCAGUCAUCGUGCCGCCACUACUACACGUAGGCGCGUCAGCUAUGGCGGUCCAUCCCGAGCGUGCUGAGAUCCACGUCGGCGCGAAGUUUAACAGCUUCGCAGAAUUUGACCGAGCAUUCAGGGACUUCCAAGUGACGACGAACACUCUUUUCGUCAUAAAAAGAAGUAAGACUGUUGGCUUGGUGAACGCGCGCCGUUCGCCUGGCCUGACCCCGCUCGAUCAGAAACUAAAGUUCGCCAACGUGAUAUACGCUUGCAAGCACGGUAGUACUACAAGAACCACGGGGACAGGAAUCCGUCCGCACCAAAGGGCGAUGAAAAAAGACUGCCCGGCAAAAGCUGUCGUAGCGGCGCGACGUAGCGGCGCCCAACAGCGGGAGAUCACGGAGCUGAAAAUGGAACACAACCACGAAGUAAGCUACGAAACCUUCCGGACGUACCCCGAGUGCGAAGAGGUCGACUUUGUGAAGCCGUUGAUGGAGCUGAAUGUGCUUCCCAGUCUCAUCGUGGAGAAGCUCAAAGAACGAAGUGGAAAAGCAGUAAUCGCAAAAGUCCUCUAUAAUCUGAGGCAAGAGACUUACAGACAAGACGAAGCGAAUAUGCUCUUAAAGGAGGUGAGCCAGUGCAAAAUGACUUAUGAUGCCAACGUGCUUAUCAUAACCGACGAGAACAAGGAACUUCAAAUACUGUUCGUUCAAACACCUCACAUGCAGCAAGCAUUUGACUGUUUCCCGGAGGUGGUUCUCCUUGAUGCCACGUAUCGCACAAACAAACUCCGAAUGCCCUUCUUCGUAUUGAUGGUUCAAGAUGGUGCGGGCUGUAGCCAUGUCGUGGCAUAUGCUUUUGUCUCGUCUGAACAGCAGCAUGUCGUUACGCGCCUUUUGGAGCUAUUUGUACAAGAAAACCCGGCAACAGCAAACACAAAGGUGGUACUCGUGGACAAGGAUUUUACUAAAAUCAAUGCCGUCAGAACGACAUUCCCGAGUACACCAGCAGUCCAGCAAUGUCAGUUUCAUGAGUUCAAAGCAUUCAGAGCUGCAGUUGGACAACUUGCCAAGUCAUCAGAUGAGCGAGAACGUCUGUCGAGCUGCUUUGGUGAGAUGUUGCACCCUCCUACUCCAGACAAUUAUGUACAAAAGCAGUGCUCAAAAGUGCUUACACCGUACGCCUGCAAGUUGGUAAGCGACGAGCUGGCCAAGACAAGAGACGAUCCUCCACAAAUUAAAACCUAUGCUCUUUCAUCCAGUUGCUCCGACUUCUGCCAUAAAGUUUCGUUUCAGAAUCAGUCGUGCAGCUGUACCACAUACGCCAAAAUGGGACUACUUCGUCGACAUUUCCUCGCCGUCUGUGUGAAGUUCGAUCUAAAACCAUCCUUUGAAAAGGCAGUUCACAAGCGCUGGUUCAUGUCGUGCCAACUGGAGUUCCUCGGCAAUUCUGUGAAAAGCAACCCUGAAGCUAGCAGUUACGAAGAACCAAGAAUACUAUCUAUGCCAGGGUCCUCCUUUGAGAAGAUGAACCGGAACCAGAAAUUCAACUAUGCAAUGCGAACACUUCGAGCUGUCGCAGACAACUUGGCUUACUGCCAGCCAGACGUCUUUGCAACACGCCUAGCGUUGCUCGAGUCUCUGAAUGCCUCUUGGUUGAGGAGAGAGGAUGUAACGUCGAGAGUUUCCCAUGAAGAUGUUGAAGUAGCAGAAAAUGUCGCCACACAAGAUGUCCGUCCAGCCAUCGUGUCUAAAAUCAAUCAACAGGAGGAAACUGAUCAGGAACAAGUCAAUGUGGCCACUGGAUGUGCGAGCAGCAGAAGCAAUGUAACAGUUCCAGAUAGUGACACACCAAGCAGUGCUAGCUAAGGGUGCACUGUCACCUAUCAGUUCAAACUCCCCGAGGUGAAGAGCCGAGGACGUCCAUCAAAGAGAGUGCCACAUAACAGACUGAAGCGAGCAAGAGAACUGGAUGAAGACGGGCCUGUGCCAUUCAAGCAUCUGUCUGAAAAGGCGAAAGGAAAAUUGCUCUUGGCUGGAUUUAUUGACAAGCGCCUCUGUCAACGUGUGCUGGAUGGGUCAUACCUCCUGGAGGAGACUGAUGUGGAAGUUCGGCCGGAAGCCCUGCCCAGUGCUCUGCUAGACUGCAGGGUUUCCCUACCAAGGCUCAGGAAAUACUUCACCCCAGAUGCAUGGUCCCUCUUGACUUCCUCAGUUGCUGCAAAGAAGAGCAAUGAACUGUGGAUUUGUAGUCUUUGCAAGGAAAAAGAUGAUGGAGAGCUGAAGAUGGUCUGCUGUGAGCAAUGUUUAGAGUGGUUUCACUGGUCUUGUGCUGCAGUAACCCGGCAAGAUGUCCAAAAGCAGUGGUACUGUCUGCGGUGCAAAAAAAAGGCUGUAAAGGCAGUCCGUGGUGCAGCCUGGGGGCUUGUUGGCAGUGGCCAACUUUUUAAUUAAUAAACCCUAUAAAUGUUGUAAUGUGUCCCUGCAUCGCCUCAUGUUUUAAAAGGCCACACUAUACUGGUUUUGGAUUUACCAAGGAUAUAAAUUUUCAGCUUCUUUCUUUUGUGUGAUUGAAGUACAAAAUACAUAAACUAAUUAUGCAAAAAUAUAUCGUAGGAAACGGGCCCUGUACACUUCCGGUGCACUCACUCGAAACGAACACCAAACCGGCCUUAUCAGAUCAAACUCGUAACCCCCCGCUCCUCUUUCGGUGCUCUGGGGCCCUGAAAUUUUACAAUGGUACAGUUAUGCUCUUACGCCCGUGCCUUAGUUGCUAUAUUAAGAGUCUUGUUUAGUUUAGCAUGGACAUCCUUAUCCUAAAUAGCAACUCCGAUGGAAUGACCCGGCUCAGUCUGUAUCGAAAUUUAGACUAGCAUGUUGACGUACUUGUUAAGAAAAUGAAAGAAAAACCUAACACGGAAAUAUCCAAACGGGCGCGUUAGAAGAAGCAUCUUUAGGACGAUCGUGCCUGCUCUCCAA